AUGAAGAUGGCGCCAAUUAUUACGACUGUGGCGAACAUCAUUGCGGUGGCCAUCUUCGUGAGUCUUAUCGUGCCUUCGCACGCGCUUCCCAAUCCGUGCCAAUACUGCGCCUUUUGCCCCCAUUGCGAGAAGUGUGACCAGUGCCCAUGCACGCACGUCAAGGAGUGCUCUUUGUGCAAGUACUGCAGCUACUGCUCCCUGUGUUCCAUGUGCUCCACAUUCUGCGGUGAGGGCGGCGUUAUCGACAGCGCUUCAACGCUGGUGAACAGGGUGGUGCAGUUCCUGGGACUCGAGGCGGCGCCCGACUUUAGCGAGGUGAACAAGGACAUCGCUGGCCUCUCCAAGCGCUUCACCAAGGACUUCGAAGCCCAGAAGAAGGAGCUCGGCAAGAGGCUCAAGGCCCAGAAGGAGAAAGCCACCAAGGAAGAGCUGUAA